AUGCCCUCUGAGAUACUUCCCGUGCAUCUCUCUGCGCUCAAACUGCCACAGGCUGAUGUCCGGCACGUUGGUGGCCGAAGCCGUCGCCUUCCUGACCCCGGGCUGCCCUUCACAGCAGGCUCCUGUGUCCGACACCAGGAACAACGUCCAACACAACUUUCUCCACGGACCAACAAGCACAGCUGUCUGUCCCAGUUAUCGGCACAUGAGAUAAAUGAGCUGACAGACACCCAGGGCGAUGGCCUGAUCCCCGUGGGCCUGGACAGGGAGAUGCUUCUAUAUGUUUGUGAGGAGAGUGACGCUGGGAUCUACAGCUGCAGCUCAGCGGAUUAG